AUGGAGAUCAUUGUACUUCUUGUCGCAGCAACUGCUUUAUUUGCACUUUGUAAAUUCAUUGAAAAUUACUUAAGGUCAAUUCUGAUUAAAAAUGAACAAAAUAAAUGUGUAUUGGUGACUGGGUGUGACACAGGAUUUGGUCACCGACUCGCCCAGGAAUUGGACAAGAGGGGCAUUCGGGUUUUCGCUGGCUGUUAUACUGAGGAUGGAAGAAAAAGACUGAUGGAGAAAUGCUCAUCAAAUGCUGUUAUUUUCCCUCUAGAUGUUACAAAAGAAGACUCCAUUCAAAAUGCCGUGAAUUUGGUCAAAUCAGAACUUCAACAAGAUGAGGUUUUGUGGGGAGUGGUUAACAACGCCGGUAUCCUCCACAUCGCGGCACCACUGGAGUGGCAGACAAGGGACCACUAUGAUAAAACUCUAAGCGUCAACUUGAUAGGGGCUAUGAUGAUCACGAAAGCCUUUCUCCCUCUUCUAAGAGAGUCCAAAGGUCGCCUGGUCAACAUGUCUUCUGUGGCGACCAUGGUGUCAUUUCCUGGUGUUGUGGCGUAUAACAUCAGCAAAGCGGCUCUCGAGUCAUAUACAGACACAUUCAGGCGUGAGAUGUAUCAUGUGGGUGUAACGGCACAUCUGAUACAACCAACUGGAUUCGCCACCAAUAUCUUUCCCCAGGAUGCAAAUCUUCGUCUGCGACAAGCGUUCAGCGAACUUCCAGACAACGUCAAAGAAUUCUAUGGCGAAAAAACUGUUCAUUCAGGUGGGGUUGGACAAGUGAAAUCCGACGGAUCUUUUGAUUCCGAUUUGUCCAAGGUAACCACAGCAAUUCAGCACGCGCUUUUUGCUAGAUUCCCCAAAUAUAGAUAUCCUGUGGGGCGGGGAUCAGUUGCUCUUUUCUGGACAUUAACGCAUCUCCCUGAAAUCGUGGCCGACAGAAUGUUUUCUGUGGCAGCUCCUCGGCACUGAUGUGUAUAGUUGUAUGAACUUUGUCUUGUUUCUAUGCCACAAUGACAAUUUAUUAUUAACUGUUGUAUAUCUUUAUUAAUUGUUAUAGUAAUAUGCAGCUUUUAUCACAUUCAUGCAAGUUAUUUUUCUGUACCUGAGAUUUCAAGGAAUUGUAUUCCAACAGAUUGCACGGUUCUAGAAUUAUUUUAACUUUACUUAAUAAAAAUCAACUGAUUAUGAACUUAAGCACGCAUCGUUAAAUAACCCUACAUCUCAUGAGCUCUUCAGUAUA